CAGAAGCAGGACCUAACUGGUUUUCUUUAGGUGAUGCUAGGAGGCCUCUUCAUGAGACAGCAGUUUUGAUAGAAGAUGUGGUACACACUCAGUUAAUCAAUCUGUUACAGCAAGCUGCUGAAGUUUCUCGGCUUCGGGGAGCAAGGGUAAUCUCUGAUGAAGAUCUUCUGUUUUUGAUGCGCAAAGAUAAGAAAAAACUUAGAAGACUGCUAAAAUACAUGUUUUUCCGAGACUACAAAUCAAAGAUUGUCAAAGGCAUAGACGAGGAUGAUCUCCUGGAAGACAAAUUGAGUGGCAGCAGUAAUACAAACAAAAGACAAAAAACUGCUCAAGACUUUCUCAACUCUAUUGACCAAACUGGAGAACUCUUGGCAAUGUUUGAAGAUGACGAAAUUGAUGAAGUUAAACAAGAAAGAAUGGAGAGAGCAGAAAGACAAACUCGAAUUAUGGAUUCAGCUCAAUAUGCAGAAUUCUGUGAAAGUCGGCAAUUAAGUUUCUACAAGAAAGCUUCCAAGUUUCGAGACUGGUUGGACUGCAGCAGCAUGGAGAUAAAACCCAGUGUUGUGGCUAUGGAAAUUUUAGCAUAUUUAGCGUAUGAAACUGUGGCACAGUUAGUGGAUCUGGCUCUUCUUGUGAGGCAGGACAUGGUAACCAAGGCAGGAGACCCCUUCAGCCAUGCCAUUUCUGCAACCUUCAUUCAGUACCACAACUCUGCUGAGGGGUCUUGCAUGAAGUCCUACCCAGACUCCCCUGAGAACACACCUCCUCCUACACCAACAGCUCCAUCAUCUGGAUCACAGCACUCAGGGAAAACCACAUCAGGAUCCCUAGGGAAUGGACAAGACUCAGCUAAAACCAAGCAAAAGAAAAGAAAAAAGAGCCCUGCGGCCUGUGGUGUUGAGGCCCACAGCGAUGCCAUCCAGCCCUGCCACAUCAGAGAGGCCGUUCGACGCUACGGCCACAAGAUUGGCCCCCUUUCCCCGUUCACAAUUUCUUUCUCUUUGACAGAGUGCCUACCGCAGGAAUGGGAUGGCUUUUCUAGCCUGCUGACGGGACUGUGACUGCAGCAACAGGAAAGCCAAUGUUAUAUUAAGGUUCUUUCUCUGACUCUUUCCGCAAUACUAAAAUGGAAGUGAAAUAAAAUUUCCUUAAGCAGUGAGUAUAGAAAAAGAAGAAAAUUUAUAGAAGGAAAGUUUCAGAAAAUGUCACUUCAAUAAAUUGUUCUCUCAGGUUAAAAUGUUAUGUAGAAUCAUCAGAUGUUAAGAGCAGAACAUGGUCUUAAAGAUUGUUGAAAACAACCACUCGUUUUACAGAUGAAAACACUUGGCCUAGAGAGGAAAACUGACUUUCCCAAGCUCACUCAGUAGUGGCGGUGACAGACCAGAGACCAGAUCCAUGGUCCCUAGUUCUCAAUCUAGUUAGAAUUAUGUAAUGUAAUGCAGUCUAAUUAUACUGCGUCAUACUGGAUUUGCAUAAGCUAUUACAAACACAGGUCAGGGUUGUAUGACAUGUUUAUCUUACACAAUUGCCUAAAUUUAUUUUUAAAAGGUACUAAUUAUGGACACAUCUUAAAGCAUAAGUGUUAUAUUAGACUCUUCUUCAAAGGGACUGUGGUAUUAAUUAAAUAAUGUGUUAUACAUCAAUUAUGCAUCAAUUUAAAAAAGAGGCCUGCAAGCAAGGGAGAAGGGAAUUAAGGUACUUUGAGCACCUACUUUGUGUCAGGAACCUUAUCUCUGGUAUUUCAUUUAUCUUCGCAAUGACUUCAUGAGGUAGAUGCAAUAAAACAAAACAAAAACAAACACAUCAGGCUCAACUCUAAAUCAAAUGUGAAUACACAAAAUAGUUUCUAUUUUUGUAGCCUUGUGUUUUGGAGAUCAAAUUUGAAAAUAAGUAAAUAAAACCAGCAAAUAAAUAGCAUCUUUUAUGGGCAAUUGACAUUGCCUCAUGGAUCUGAGGGUAAAGGAAAUAGAAGUAUUUCUCCCUUCACCUAAAUUUGGAAAUGCGACUUUUCUGAACAUGCCAUUUUGAGGCUGUGUCAUUAACCUUCCUGCCUUCACGUAUUGCAGUAGUUGAGAUUCAAAAAUAAUGUUCCAAUUUUAGAACCAAGAGUUUUUAUUUAAAAAGAAGCACAAAUACUUUUUUAAAUAGUGUAUAAAAUUCCUGUAUCUAGGGAGAAUUCUUUAUUUAUUACUGUUUGUUCUUUGUUUCUAUAAAAUCAUAAACAAUCCACGUUUAAAGCUUUUACCACGUAGAAGACAAAUAAACACAACUGGUGAUUCUUGGUCAGAAAGAAAACAAGUUUACUUGUCUAGAAAUUGUAAAGUUUAAUUUCAUAAAAAAUGUUUUAUAUCGUUCCCAAAUCAGGUAUUUCUUUUCAGUACAUAUAAGCCCUUGUGUAAAACUGAAUCACUACAGAGAAAGGAUUCCCUCGUCUGCCCUCCUGGGAUUCAGAUAGAACCUUCCCAGGUUGCAUUUAAAAUUCUGCCAUCAACCAUGUAUACAUCUCGUAAAGUAUUUUACAGUUUCCUGUAUGCUCUGGCUCAGCAUUUCAUAGUACAUAAACACUUCUGCAAAUAAUAGAAGCACAUCGAGUUGAAUAUGUCAUGUGGCCCCACGUAAAGCUGAUUCUCCAGCAAUUUAUUUUCUUAUUUUUAUCUUCUUCUUUGAAAUCCAAGAUGAACUUUCUGAGCUCUCAUUGUACAGUUGGAGGGGGUGGUGCGCGCAGGGGCCUCUAGCAGUUUCAGUGGAGUUGUGUUCAUUAAAGCAGGGGCUUUCUGCAGAGGGCAUCAAGCCAAGCUUCAACAACAAAACCAUGCCUUCAGGAAUUGGAUGUAAAUGUGAUGUUAAAUAAGGGCCAGAUGCCUUUACAAACUCAAAUAUUAAAAAGUCAUAUCUCUUAAAGUAAGUCUCGAACGUUGUGAGUAGGAUAGUGAUACCAUAGCACUUUAAAAAAGAAAGAAACAGAGAAAGAGACUUGCAUUUGUUUUCUGGAAGAAAAUAUCAAAUAUUCAAGCUGUCGUAAGUCAUGAGAAUUUUGGCAAUUGAAGCAUAUUUUAAAACAGUCAAUUCCUGCAAAGUCACAAGAAAGCCACAUACAAUAUUUCAUUGUCGACAACCACUAUAAUUCUGUACAGAGCAUUAUAUUCCUGUUCCUUUUUCUAUUCAUCGCCACCCAAUAUUUCCUACUCCCGUUUUUUUCAAAGGAAAAUAAAAAUAUAGAAAAAGACAUAGGAAAAAUCAAGAAUCAAGAUGAUUACUUAUAUAAUUUUACUUAUACCAGGUAACAGUUUACUUGUUAUCAAAAAUGAUGAUAUAUUGUAUCAGCCUUUUAAUAAUAAGUUUGACAGAAUAAUUAUAGCACGUCAUGUGCUACCUUGCGUGCUCAGCACUUUGUGCAGGUUAGCUCACUGGACACUCACAACCCCACUAUGAGAUGUGCGCUCUUGUUCUCCCUGCUGCCCGCAGGCAGUGGAAAUGGGCAGAGGCUGAGUGCCUUGUGCAGAGGUACCAGGAAGGAGCUGGCCUUUGUACCCAGCACCUUGACCCGGAAGCUCCUGCUCUGAACCCCUGUUACGCACAUGGACUGUACUAAAGAUUUCUGAUAACAUAGUACAGGGAAUUGCUGCCCUGGACCCAGAAGCACUUCUCAGUACCAAAAAACUUAAUUAUAAGAAAAUUUCAUUUUAACUUAACAUUCCUUCUCUAAGGCCAAGUAUUAUGUAUAUAAUAGAAUAUCAUUAUAAUAUAUAAUAGAAUAUGAUUAUAUAAAAUGACGCCAAGUCCUCUGUAAGUCUUAAAUCUUAAGAUUAAUACAUAUGAUCAAUGCACAUGCUAAGAAUCUCUAUACAAAUUAUGAGAAGACCUUCCUCAAAGAUCUGUGCGUACAAAGCCUCUCCUUUGUGAAGACCAGAUUUCUCCAGAAGGCUCUAAUUACACAGGCUGCUAUUUGAUGCUUUCACAAAAAGCAUUAUCUCAUGUUAUAAAAUAAUCCCUAUCUUUUUGACGUGGUUUGCAGUGGCAGGUCCAGAAGUACAUGUGGCAGUUCCUUGAAACUUUAUACAAAUGCCCCUUUUAGGUGUUUGCUCAUUAAUUAUGGUAUCGUCAUUGUUUCUCUUAUCCCAGAUGUUUGUGUGUGAGCUUGGGAGGAGUGAUGGACAGAGAUAAAGAACAAAGUGGGAAGAAAGUUGCUGAGCACAAUUUGAAUUAGAAAUGAUGAUUUUCCUCUCGCAUCAGGAAUUUGCAGCUUCUUUAAUUCAACCCUAGGUCUGUUCUGCCUCAGGACAAGUCACUUCCUGGUUUAUGUCCUUUAAGAUCCCAACUAGCAGUGCACCAGCCUGUGGUACUGCCUAACUGCAGCAUUUUUUUCUGAAUAGCAUUGAUUUACCUCUUUCAACCACUUUACCUGGAGAAGUUAGUUCAUUAGCCAGUUCACUGGCCACUUCUCGUCUCUCCUCCCUGACCUGUUUGUGCCAGUCAGCCAAGCGUCCCGAAGCAGCAGUAAGCACUGCAGCUGGUGGGUUAGCGUGCCACACUUCCAUAGGUUUGGCCCAUGAGGAGACGGUGAGCCCAGAUGGGUUUAGGCAGUUUAUUACUUACACAGCAGCAUAAGUAAGAUCAGCAUAGUAUCAACUUUCCACGUUCCUAAUCCCCCAGGAAGAUACCAAACCAGAGGGGCCAGAUGACAGACGACAUGAGUGGUUGGUCACUGCAUCAUGGAGGCACCAACUCUAAACUGUGACCAAGCAGUUCUCUAGUUUGCAUCCAUGCCCAGAAGGAGAGUGAGGUAGAAAGUCCCAUGCCUCACUAGAACCAGGGAGACAGAUGAGGAACUACCUUGUGGCCGCUCCUCCCGAGAAGGGCUAUCUUGCCAUGUCUCUGGGAUGGCCAUGGUGGAAUGGGGCCUAUGCAGAGACCUGCAAGGUCACCAGGGUGCCUUUCCCUACAGUACCUAGAGUGUUGUGUUUCUGUUGACAGUAUGAAAGUCAGUCAGCCUCUUGCCCAGGUUUUCACAGUGGCCUCCUUCCUUAGCUCUUUCCCGUAAAGACUCCUCCUUGCUUCCUGCGCAGUACCUUCUGCUUCCUCUGAAACCUUUACUCCCCUGUUGGUCCCUGUACUUCCUAUUUUGUGUCGCUACUCAUCUCUCCAUGUCUUUGUAACUGACACCAGAUAAAGAAUCUCUUGAGGACAAGUCUUGAAUUUAUACCUCUUUGUAAUCACCACAUGUACAUAUUAGAUAUUCGAUAAACAUUUGUUGAUUGGUCGAGAGAAAAGGAAUCAUUCAUUUAAACCUGAGCACAGAGUCCUUUUGGGGUUAAGUCUUCGUCAAAUCUCUUACUGAUGCUUGUUUUACUUAUUUGGCUGCAAAUCUCGUGAACAGUAGAUGAUCAUAGCCUUUUUCUGAAAGACAAGUACAGUGUCUCAGAGAAACCAACUCAAAACAUGCCGUGCAUCCGGUUUCUUGUGGCCUGUAUGAGUAGGUCGCUGUGACUGCAGUCUUGUUUGAAGGGGUUAAUGACCUCAGAAAGAGAGGCAACCUCAAUCACAUUUGUACUACUACAGACCUAAGAACCUCAGUGUCCCGCCUGAACCUGUACAAACUUGAAAAAGAGUCAUAGACCUACUCGCUAUUUUUUUAUGUAGUACCAUCUUUGAAAAUCUGCCAGUUCUCCCACUAGUUUACUGUAAAGACAACGCACCAUUUUAGGAUGAAAUUUCCCUAAAGGUCAUGGAAAUAACAUGUCCGCUGAACUUAAAGCAAAUAUGAAAAUCUAUUCAGACAGAAAAUAAUCAGGUUUUGUGAACUGGAAGCAACAGUUUAUCACUCAAGAGUAGCUUGCAAUUAAAAUGUCUGUUUUUUUAAUCUCUGUUCAUUCAUUCAUUCGCAAAAAAAUUUUUUUAGCACCUAUGAAAGCCAAGCAGUCAACAUGGAAUCUACAAUUCCCAGUGAGUCAACGGACUGUGGGGGACUGUGGAAUUCUGGAAGGGGCUCAGGAGGCCACCUGGAUGAUAUUACCUGUAGGUUAAAUAAACAUGUUCUGCCCAGAUAGGUGCCGCCCUGUUUUAAAGAUAUACAUAUGUGUCGUUGGGACUUAUAAAAUAGAAAUUCCUUUAAUAGUGAUACUAAAAUCCUGGUGGCUUUUUGACAUUACUUAUUUUUUCAUUGAAGAGGUAGCAAAAGUACCAGUUAUAGAAUGCAUGGGUCACUGAAUUUGUUUACAUUGAAAAGUGAUUCUCAAGCUCAAAAAAAAGAUAACCUGUUCCUUUCUGUGCUUCUGCUGUAACUGUGUCGUCUCCUCAGCUCUUCUGUGGUGAGUAGAUUGUGCCGGUUUGGAGCUUCUUUAACUUAGAUUUAAGGGUAUUUUUUUCCUUUGACAUAAAGUAUCACCUGAACUUGUUUCAUAUGUCUUAUUUUGAGAAAAAUUUAUGAUCUUUUUAACAUUAGGAAGUUUUGCUUUUCCUGACAUUUUAUUACUUUGAGUUUUUGAAACAUUUCAAUCCCAGACAAUAAAUAUUAUGUGAUUAUUGUUUUCAUAUGGAUAGACUAUUUCCUCCUGUUUUUUCUAACCCCCUUCCCAGCUAAUAAUACUCAAAAAUUUAUUAAUAGUAGACUGUGCCAUUUGGCUUUUCCAGAAUCACAUGUAAUGAAAAUUGAAAGAGGGGCAGGUUUGAGAGAGGAGGGGUGGUAGUAGUUUUGUGGUUUUCUUUCCGUUGAAUUUCCAAUGUUUCUUGUUCAGUUGAAUGAAGAUUAUAUUUAUUCUGUAAAUCAUUUUUAUAAACUGUCAUAACCAGUUAUCAUAUUAAAUGGUAUCUUUUUAUGUCA